ACCUUCACCUUUAAAAAGAGUGAUAAGUUUUACCACAUUUAUUGUUCAUCUUUAUAAUCCCUGUUAAAUUUUUUUGAGUAAUUACGAAAUGGCCAGUAGGGAAGAGAAGAUUCAACUUUUGAAAGAUAAUAUUGGAGCUAUUCAAGAUUUUCCUAUUAAGGGUAUUUUAUUUAGAGAUAUCUUCACGAUUUUUCUUGAACCAAAAAUUCUUCAAGCUUGUAUUGAUAUCAUGAUCGAUACGGUCAAAGAAUGUUCUAAAGAUAUUGGUGGAAUAGUGGGACUCGAUGCUAGAGGCUUUCUCUUUGGACCAUCCAUAGCUCUGGCUCUAAAAGUACCUUUCAUACCAGUGAGAAAAGCAGGUAAACUGCCCGGAGAGACAAUUAAAGAGUCAUACGAUUUAGAAUACGGUAGCAACACUGUCGAAAUUCAAAAGAAUAGCAUAAAACCAGGGCAAAGAUUGUUAAUUGUUGACGAUUUACUAGCAACUGGAGGAACUUUAAAGGCCGCUUGUAACCUGAUCGAAAAAGUGGGAGGUAUAACAGACAGUUGUCUUGUUCUUAUUGAGUUAACAGCUUUGAAAGGGAGAGAAAAUGUGCCAUCAAAAGUUGUAUCAUUGAUUAAGUAUGAUGACUAACAAGAAGUUGCAUUAAUAAAACAAAUAUUGAUACUUUCUUUUAUAUUACUAUUUUGUAUUAUCAAGUAUUCAAAGAUCAUUUACUGACAAACACACCAACACUUUCUCUUGUCUUGGUCAACGCAAAAUUUGCCAGAUGAACUUUUGGCGACUUGGUUCAAAAUGCUACAAUAGCCACUGUAGUAAGCUCUCUUGUCUAGAGUGACAUCGUUGUAUCUGUCACAUUUGCAAGUACAGCGUGUAUUAUCAGAAGAUUUACAGGUCGAACCGGAGAAAAGUAAAGCCAAAUAGCGGAUUUUUUGGCAUUGGUCAGCGUCACUGGGAAGACUUUGGAACUAAAAAAAUUAUAUAUUUAAGUUUAAAUAUGAUAUAUAGAAAAACUUUUCUUUUACACGUUAACUUACUUUGUUACGGAUUUCAGAUAUGCUAGCACCCUUCUUUAGAAUCUUAGAAUUUUAAAAGAGAUAAAAUGAAGUAAAAGUUCCGUUCAAAUUUAUUUACAAACCUCCUCGUAUUGUUCUUUAAGUUCUAAAUAUUCUAAUCGUUUAACGAGACUUUCCAAAUCUCUGACCUUGAUAUUGUAAAAUUAUUCCAUAAAAAUGAAAUUUAAAUAAGAACAACAAAGUUACUAAUUACCUCUAGCUCAGCAGAAACUAGGGAAACAAGGGAAAAAAUUACAAGUAUCGUCUUCAUUGCUGUUUGUUGCUUAUACUCUUGAAACGAAUAGAAAAAUUUGACUUGGGCGGGGAAAUUUAUAUCAAACGAACCUCAUCGGUUUAUACUGGCUUUUAAUAUUGAAGAACUAGUUUUGAAAAGAUUUGACUUGACCUGAAGAAUAGGAGAAGAGGCUCUUUAUUAAUAUAUGAAUACGAUAUGGACAAUAUUAAAUUGAAAGUAAAUAUAAAAUUAAUAGUCGUUUAUACGAUCCCUGAUUGUUUUGUUAUUGGCAAAAGAGAUUGUUAAAUUUUUUGUCUACUUUAUUUGUUCGCAAGUAUGAAAAAAAUCAUAAAAUCUAAUGAAUCUUUCUUAUUUUUUUGUAAAGAUUCCAAUUUUAUUCGGGAACAGAUUGUAAAAGUUGUAGUAAAUCUUUCAACCAUUGCAAUAGGUGUAUUCAGACUUCUUUUAAAUAAAUAAUAAAUGAUUUUUUUAUUCAUAAAAUGACAACA